UUGAGCCCAUUAUUACGAACGGGGCGCCAGUGAAUUUAUAAGGAGAUGCUGUGACAGUCAUAGAUGAACUUUUACAAAGUAGUCUCCCUAGUUCACUCGUUUUGCCUACAACAUGCAGUCGCCGACAUUUGGACGAAUCUAACCGCGCAGUUCGGGACAAGUCUGCGGGACAGCGGUGCGCUUUCUGGACAUUUCAUCUUAUGCCAAUGCGACGGAACUUGAAUCGUUUCUACASGUCAAGGAAUAUUAGUUCUGGAUUCUUUGUUUACCACGACUGAACUCUUUGGGGUAGAAGGUGUGGUGUGUGAUGAACCUAGAGAGUGCGUGUGGUUACCAGGUCGGGGCGCGGGGCCCGCGGGAAGUGAUGGAGCAGAAAGUCCAAGGUCAGCUGAACAUUGGCUUCCAGAGGAGUUCCACGUCAGAUGACGACUCCGGCUGUGCCCUGGAGGAGUACGCCUGGGCACCGCCUGGCCUCAGACCCGAACUGGUGAGAUGCCCCCAAAUAUACAACACAACAGGGUCCUGUGUAGCUCAGUUGGUAGAGCAUGGCGCUUGCGAUGUCAGAGUUGUGGGUUCGAUUUCCAUGGAGGACCAGUACAGGGAAAAACGUACAAAAAUGUAUCCACUCACUACUGGGCGCUACUGUCAGUCUCUCAGUGAGGAGGAGAAGAAGGAGCUCCACAUGUUCAGUGUCCAGAGGAAGAAGGAGGCGCUGGGGAGGGGCUCGCUCAAACUCCUGCCCCGGGACCUGCURCACAGCGUCUGUGAACAUUGUGGGGAGAACAUCAACGGAGGAGAGAUGGCGGUUUUUGCCUCCAGAGCGGGUCCUGGGCUAGCCUGGCACCCAGCAUGCUUUACGUGCUCCACGUGUAGUGAGCUGCUGGUUGACCUCAUCUACUUCUACCAGGAUGAGAAGAUCCACUGUGGCCGGCACCACGCAGAGCUGCUCAAGCCACGCUGCUCAGCCUGCGACGAGGUUAUCUUUUCUGACGAGUGUACGGAGGCGGAGGGGCGUCACUGGCACAUGAAGCACUUCUCCUGUUUUGAAUGUGAGACGGUGCUGGGGGGGCAACGUUACAUCAUGAAGGAUGGUCGGCCAUAUUGCUGCGGUUGCUUUGAGUCUCUCUAUGCCGAGUACUGCAAGGCCUGCGGGGAACACAUUGGUGUGGACCAUGCCCAGAUGACGUACGACGGUCUCCACUGGCACGCCACCAAGGGUUGUUUCUGCUGUGCCCAGUGUAAGAGCUCUCUGCUGGGCUGUCCCUUCCUGCCCAAGCAGGGCCGGAUCUACUGCUCCAAGGCCUGCAGUCUGGGAGAGGACGUCCACGCCUCAGACUCCUCCGACUCCGCCUUCCAGUCGACGCGCUCCCGUGAGUCCCGCCGCAGCGUACGCAUGGGCAAGAGCAGCCGCUCAGCCGACCAGUGCCGCCAGUCGCUCCUCUUCUCACCCUCCGUCAACUACAAGUUCCCCGGGUUUACCGGUAACCCAGACACCGAUACGCUCACCAACAAGCUGGCCCACCUGGGUUUAACCAACGAGGAGUGCUUCUGGAGGGGGAGGGAGGACACCGAGGGCCCCGAGGACCGGGACGAGGAGGAGUGGGCCGAGCACGAGGACUACAUGACMCAGCUGCUGCUCAAGUUCGGGGAGCACGGAGUCUUCCAGCAAGGUGAGGUGGUCGACUCCAGACCCCCAACCGAUCUGUGGAUGACCGAGGCUGAGGUCAAGAURAAACAGUGUGAGCCUCAGGGCUCUAGGGCUGAGACUGGAGGAGGAUGUGGAGGAGGGUCAGGCAGCCAGAGCCUAGCCAGUAAGAAGUACCAGACAGAUAUGUACUGGGCCCAGUCCCAGGACGGGCUGGGGGAUUCAGCCUACGGGAGCCACCCUGGCCCGGCCAGCAGUAGGAAGCUCCAGGAGCUGGAGCACGGCGCUGGGAGCAUCGGAGGUACCAGCUUCCAGAGGGAGGAGAAGCAGUGGUAUGACAACUCUCUGGAGUGCAUCACAGACAAGGUGAAACAGACAGAUCAGAGUGUCAGGGACUCCAUGGACUCACUGGCACUGUCCAACAUCACGGGUGCCUCUGUAGAUGGCGACAGUAAAGAGAGACCUCUGGUCUACUCCUUACAGAGCUUCCAGGAACUCGAGGCUGAGAGAGACUGUGAGAACACAAGCAACAUGGGAACUCUCAACUCCUCCAUGUUACACCGCAGUGCCAAUUCUCUGAAGAGCCUUACGUCUGAGCUGGAGCAGGAGGAGAGCGUACCAGAGGAAGAAGAGAAGGCCCCUCUUCCCUCUCCCCCCAAGCCUCCUCAUGUCCCGGCGUUGAGACGGACUCGAUCCCAGUCUCGACCCCAACAGGUGAAGUUCUCCCCAGACGUCGUGGACAACAGUCGCUAUGGUGACCUGCAGGUGCGCCAGCCCCCGAUGAGCGAGCGGACGCGGCGGCGAGCAUACCAUUUGGAGGAGCAGGACCAGGAGCUCGGUGACUCGGGCUCCGGCCGCUAUCACAACCACCACCACAGGAGACGCCGCAGCCGCAAGUCACGCUCCGACAACGCUCUCCACCUGGGGCCCAAGGAGAGGGCCAAUCACAUAUACUUCAGAGAGGACCACAGAGGUCAUGGGGGACACGGCUUCAGCUCAAAGAGGCCCCAGCAGCUGGCCUUCCUGCCCAAUCAGCAGGGGUAUGGCCAGACCCAGCAUCCCCACCGCCAUCCCCACCAAGCCACCUCAGACUACAGACUCCAGCAAGGCCCAGCCAUGGAGAGGUUCAUGGGGUUGUGUGGGGACAGGGACGAGGAUGACUGGUGCUCCACCUGCUCCUCUUCUUCCUCCGAGUCUGAGGAGGAAGGCUUCUUCCUGGGCCAGCCCAUCCCCCAGACACACAGACACUACUAUGAUGGCCUGCCCAGCCCCGUGGCAGGCCUGCCCUCCCCGCCUUACGGAGCAGKCCCACGGACUAUGUCCAAAAAGAARAAGGGGCACAAGGGGAAGAACUGUAUCAUUUCAUAAGACUGGAUGUUUUACGGGCCCCUGUCGGUCCACUUUUAAAUGAUACUCUGUCUGCAACCCCCUUCUGAAUCUCUUGUUGUUGCCACUAUUGUGAAUACAGAAAAUGUCCCGCUUGUUAAAACUGUCUUGCCAACUGGAUGUAGUACAUGUUAAMAUGGCUCUGAUUCUAUUAUUGAAAUGCAUUACAACAAAAACAGAACACAUUUCAACAAAAACAGAACACGCAUAAACACAUUUCAAAGCUGUCAUCAUAAUUGUAUUAAAAAAAAAAUGUAUGCAAAUAACUCUGAACAAAUGUAUUUAUAAAAACACCAUUUAGAGACUAACGGAAAUGACUAUUUAACAGUGCAGAUAUUAAUGUAUAUAUUGUAAAGUGUAUUUUUUUUUUAUAACCCUGAGUCAAAUGUUUUUGUAGUGGAAUGGYAUUGAAAGACAAAACUGAUAGCCGUUAUCAAAGAACCUUCUCUUUUCUUAACCAGGGUUUGAAAAAUGAAAUAUAUGAUAUGCUGCCAGCAAAGGUAUUCAGAGUGCAGUUUGACCCUSGGCCUGGUUUCCCAAAAGCUAUUUCYUGGUUGCUAAAAUUURAAUAGUUCCCCUAAUUUCAGUUUGUGUGACAGAACAAGCAAGUAUAGUACCAUUUGGGGGGGCAGGUAGCCUAGUGGU